UUAAAACUUCAAAACCAUUCGCUCCCAUUUCAUCUCUUUCUACGAAGACGACUCUCUCUCUCUCUCUCUCUCUCUCUCUCUCUCUCUCAGGCACAUCAUUUUCAGAUGAUUGAGCAAGUACCCAUCCAAUGUACAGUGGAAAUCAUUGACCUACCUCUUCUUUUUAAGUAGGAUUUAAAGUAUUUUGACUAUAGUUGCAUUUUGUUCCCAGAUCUCAUCAAUAGAUGGAUAUUCUAUCAGCAUUCCCAUCUACAAUGCUACGAGGGAUCGACCAGCGAUGCAAUGGUUUUGGUUCUAAAUGUGCGUCACGAUAUUCUGCAGUUGGUGAUAUAUCAAGGUCCAAAGCUUUGACACAGUCACAAAAUAAAGCUUCACCACAUGUCAAAUCCAAAGAGAAUUUACAAUGUACUGGGCCCUCCCAGCAGGCUUAUGAUGGCAUGAAUGAGUCUUCGAGGUCUUUGGGCUUAGAUGCUUCUGGCGUGAACAGUUUGGCUGCCCCAGUCACAGAUUCCCCCAUUGCAGAGAAACCUGUAAAGAAUAUCGCAAAGAAGAAAUACAGAAAGAGGAAGGCUAAGUCAACCAAAAAGAGUAUAGAUGAUGCUGUCAUUCAAGGAGUUGCCGAAGUGGCUAGUCAAACCUGUCCUGUUGCUGAGACUGGUUCCACUGUGAUCGCACCGAAUGUUUAUGUUGAAGAUAUUGCACCAGUAUCUUACCAGUCACCUAAGGAGAUUGGGAAUUUCAAUGAUUCUAACAUUAAUACAAACUGUAACAGAACACUCACAACCUCUAGUUCAGAAUUUUGUUUGGAAACUGCUGAUACGUCAUGCUUCGCUAUUAGUAAUGAAGCAAACUGCACAGGGGUUGAAAGGGGUUUUUCAUCUCUUGAGGAAUCAGCCUCCAAAGAUCCUAAUGUUGAUGAGUCCAGCGAUACAAGGUAUACAAGUAAGGCUGAUGAAAAGAUAGAGUUAGUUCCAGCUUCUGCAGUUGUUGAAUCUGUCUCUUGCUGUGAACCCACAGUCAAGUGUUUGAAUGAAGCGAAUAACCGUGAUGGCCAAUUGUUUUCUAAAUUCUCUUCUGGUAAAAACUCAAAUCUCGAUAGGGGUCAGACCCAGUGUGAUAUUUUGGAUAGUGGCCAAGGCAACACUAGCAUCUCUGGUAGAGGUUCAAGUGAAGUCAUCCAUGGAUUGAAAGGAUUGAAUACUGAUAUGAAGGAAAUCAUUUCAGACCAAGGAGAGGUACUUUCUCUUGGGUAUAUAUCAGAAGAUAAUCCACGUGAGUUGGGAAUGUUAGGGGGUGCUCGAGAAUCUGUCAACGGUGGCAGUGCUGACAGAAUCAAAUCCAGCAGCCAUUGUUCCAGCAUCAGUGAUGUUCAUGCAGUUACAACAGGUACAAAGGUUGAACAUCGUAGGAAGCUAUCUCAAAGUUCAAAUGACACAGUACACAUGUCUAGUCGAGGGAACAACCCUAGCCAAACUGGGAAGGACAACAGUCAGUUUAUCUGGAAGAAGAAUCAGAAAAGUAUCAGAGAUUUACGAAGUCAUGGGGCAAAACGAUCAAAUCCUGUCCAUGUGCAGAUGGAUGUUGGCACACAUGAAGUGAAGCAUAAUCCUUGUUCAACUGAUCCACUGCUACCCUCUCCUGUAAUUUCCUCUACCAGGCCGAAUUCCUUAACCAGAAAAGUCAAGGAGUUCGUGAACAAUGAGAAAGGAAUGUAUGGAACUCAUCCUCAUGUACUGGUUGAAUCUCUCCAAUGGGUUGCUCAGCAAAGGUUCCAUGGCGGUAAUAGUCAAUAUGUUUCACAAUCACAUCAAGACGACAUCAUGGGAAAUAAGGACUGGGGAAAGUGUAAAGAGAAGCCAAAUCAGUUACCCAAACCUGAAAACAUCUACCAUUUCAAAAAGGGAUCCUGGGCUAAUAAAGGGAACUUAUAUAAGCUGCGAAAUAAAGCAUAUCUUUCACAGAAGGAACCCUCGGAAGUUUCGACAAAACCAUGUCUUUAUAAAAGUACUGACAACAAUGACGUUGAAUGCUUACCUUCAGAUCCAGCUCGUUCUUCUCUCGUGCAGGUAAAUGUGCCACACAGAAGAAUAUCAUCUGGUCCAUCAGAUCAAGCCCCAUUUCAUGAAGUCCAAACACAUACCUGGAUGAAGAUUCCAAGGACUGAACAUGUUCUGGUUGGGUCUUUGCAUGCUUCCUUAGGAAACAGGGAAAGGAGACCUGCAUGCCUAGAGAUUGAACUUGCGUAUGAGGAUAGUGUCAGGCAAGAUUUUGCUUCUAGAGCUAGCAUACAGAAGUGGAUACCUGUUGGGAGGAAACAUUCUUGGAUUGUGAAAGGCAAUGGAGUUGUUGAUGCAAAAGAUCUCAAGGAUAAACCAAUUUCAUAUUAUGGGAAAGCAGAAAUGCGUCAAGAAGGGUACAGAAAUUCUGCUUGUGGGCCGGCUUCUUCAUUUGAUUGUGGCCUUGCAUCCUUAACCUCAAAUCUGGAAGACCCAACAACUAAUAAAACACUUACUGUGCUUCAAAUUGAGAGUGAAAUAACACAGUUUGACAAACCUAGCACCGCAGAAGGAAAUUACAAAGAACAGAGUAGAAGGGAGUAUGUUGCAUCUGAUUCUGAACUGAAGAACAUACCUCUAUUGUACAUUGGGUCACAGAUGGCAGUGGAAGCUCUGAAUGAAGCUUACAGAUUGCAAAUGGCAUCUGAAUGCGUUCAGCUGGCAACAGGCUGUCCUCUUGCUGAGUUUGAGAGACUGCUCCAUUCUGCUUCUCCAGUUAUUUGUCCUGCAUAUGUUCUGCAACAUUGUGAAGAAUGCUCAGGGAAUCAGCUUUCUUUUAAUAAUUCCCUUUGCAAACACCAAAUUCCUAAUAUUCCUUUAGGCACUGUUUGGAAUUGGUAUGAGAAACCAGGGAGCUAUGGUUUGGAAGUGAAGGCAGAGGAUUCUGAAAAUUUAAAGGGACUGGAUGCUGAUGGGAUUUCAUUCCAUGCUCAUUUUGUUCCGUUCCUCUCAGCGGUGCAGUUAUUUAGCCAUCUGCGUGAUUCAAAAUGCCAUAGGACAGAAAAACUUGGCUCUGAAGUGCCAGAAAAGGGAGAAGAUGAACAGCGUUUGUCUCUGACUAAGACUUGUACAAAUAUACCAUGCUCACAAGCGACCAACAUCAAUCCUUGCAAUGCAGAGAAAACAAAAUUUUCAGUACCUGCUGACUUGGUGGAGAACUCGUUGAAGUCAUCCAACUCAUUGGGAUCUGAUGCUAAUGACUCUUCUGAUUUGUCUUCUGUAUUUUCGUCCCGGGAUGAUAUUGAGCUGGUAUUUGAAUUUUUUGAGUACGAGCAGCCUCAACAGCGGAAGCCACUGUAUGAAAAAAUAAUGGAUCUCAUUAAGACUGGCAAUUCCAAUCAUCAAGUAUUUGGUGAUCCCUCCAAACUAAAAUGCAUGAAUCUGCAUGAUCUACACCCUGCAUCUUGGUAUUCAGUAGCUUGGUAUCCCAUAUAUCGAAUACCUGAAGGCAAUUUCCGAGCUUCUUUCUUGACUUACCAUUCACUGGGCCAUUUGGUUCAAAGAUGCAUCUCAAGUGAUUCUGUUGAGGCAAAUUCCUUUUGUAUUGUCUCUCCUGUGCUGGGAUUGCAGAGCUAUAAUGCACAGGGUGAGUGCUGGUUUUAUCCAAAAAAGCCUGCCGAUUCUUCAUCUAAAGGAUUCAUGCCCUUCGACACCACUGAAAUUCUCAAGGAACGGUUGAGAACUCUUGAGGAAACUGCAUCACUAUUCGCCAGAGGCUGCGUUUACAAAGACAAUGUCAAAGUUGCUAACCACCAACCGGAUUACGAGUUUUUUGUAUCACGGAAACAGUGAUGUUUUGUUGCUGCUUGUGCAUCCGUCUUUCUUGAUGUAAAGGCCAUUUGGUAUCCCCUUGUUGGACCUGCAGAUGAAUUUGCGAACGCGGGUUCUUUUUACUACUGUAAAAUAUGUACAAGGCAAGUCAACAGGCGUUGAUGCAUCGACAGACAUUUCAUCACCUAUUUGUACAUUUGGAGAAACGAACAGGUUUUGUGAAUAGCAGGAGAUGAAGACAUCAUCAUAUUCAGUAUUCUUAGGAUGAAGAGCACAGAUGGAUUUAGUUUUCUUUUGAUAAUCAUGUAAAAAGAGUAGUUGGAUAGCUGCAAAAGCAUACCAGAAAUCAGUUAGAUACUUGUUGUAGUAGCAAGAAUAGCAGUAUCCUCGCAUCUUUAGCUUUUACCUCUUUGUAUUGUACUUACCUCUGUUAUACUAACUCUGUAUAUUCUGUUUUCAUAUUCUUGUCAAUAUUGCCAAUGUAUGAUGAUGUGUUUUCUCAAUCUUAUCCCUUCAUUUAUUAUCAUUUGAAAUGUUACCAAUGUAUUCUCUCCCUCUUGUCAAUACUACUUUGUAUGAUGUGGAUGUUGAAAUGCUAAGGAGCUCUAGUCAUGCGUAUGCUGUUUUCUCA